AAUUCACAAGAAAAAAAAAUCAAACGCAAAGAAGAAAAAGAAGCGAGUGGGAGACAUGCCCUCCUCUUUCCUCUCUCCUCUCCUCUCGCCGUCGCCAAUUCUCUCCUCCUCCUUCCCCCGUGGGGAUGCGGCGGCUAUGGCGGUGGUACCAGCAGUGCCUGGCCACCCACCCCGUGCGCACGCAGGUGGUCAGCUCCGGCAUCCUCUGGGGCCUCGGCGACAUCGGCGCCCAGGCCGUCACCCACUACUCCGCCCCCGGACGCCCCCGCCACCACCAGCACCACGCCAAGAAUCCUCCCGAGGAUAAAGAUAAAGAGUUCAAAAUUGAUUGGAAGAGGGUGGGCAUCACAAGCUCAUUUGGAUUUGCUUUUGUUGGACCAGUUGGACAUUACUGGUAUGAAUACUUGGAUCGCUUCAUCCUGAGGAGAUACCAGCCUAAGACCUUCAAAUUUGUUGCGUCAAAAGUUGCUGCGGAUGGUCUCCUAUUUGGACCAGUAGAUCUUCUCUUGUUCUUCUCAUAUGUUGGUCUUGCAUCAGGAAGGAGUGUAGAGCAGGUGAAGGAUGAUGUGAAGAGGGACUUCAUUCCUGCUCUAGUUCUAGGGGGAACCAUCUGGCCAGCCGUGCAAAUCGCAAAUUUCCGCUUCAUUCCUGUGCGAUAUCAGCUCCUUUACGUGAACCUGUUCUGCCUCUUAGACAGUUGCUUCUUGUCGUGGAUCGAUCAACAAGGAGAUGCACCUUGGAAGCAAUGGUUCACAUCAUUCCAGAAAAUCGAAGGCCAGAAGGGCAAGGUUUGAUGUGGAUCAGGCACGGUCCUUUUGACAUGGUCCUGGAUCCAGUAACAUCACCCGGCAAAACACCGGGCAUCCCAGAAAAUUUGUCUUCUGUCAUUUGGAUCAACCUUUGUAUGCUUUGGCUGAUCCAUGAAAAAAACACUGGAAAAGAGAAACACUUGCUGCUAUGGUAGCAAUUGUUUUAAGCGCAAUUGCAGUACCAAGCAGAGCUGAGCAUCAAUAUCUGUGUAGAGAUUUGUUUCAUGUUUAAUGCCAAGGAAAAUAUUGCUCAA